AUGGCGGCAGAAGAGCCCCGGCAGGGAGGGGUGUUGCAUCACCUGGUAUGUGAACAAGAAGUUACACCUGAUGACCAGAAUAUAGAAUAUGGCCAAUACAGAGGUAAAAUCUCCAGAGCGAUAGAAGAUAGGCUGGCAGGCGAGGAGGCACUGAAGUCAAGAGAUCCCAGCUCCCUACUGCAUUGUGUCUGUGCAGUCCUGGUCUGUGAAAUGGGUCUGACAAACUGCUAUGUCUUGACUGGAAGGCUGAAGCCAUUCAACAGACUACAAGUAAUAUUACAACAUUUGAAGAUGUCUAAGCAUACAGAUUUGACAGCUGAAGUGCUGUUGGAAAAGAGAGGAGGCGCAGGAAUAAUAACUUUGAAUAGACCCAAGGCUCUCAAUGCGCUAAAUCUUUCUAUGAUCCGACAAAUUUAUCCACAAAUAAAGGCUUGGGAGCAAGAUCCUGAAACUUUUCUAAUAAUUAUAAAGGGAACUGGAGGAAAAGCAUUUUGUGCUGGGGGUGACAUCAGAGCCAUCACAGAUGCAGGAAAAGCUGGAGAUAGACUGGCACAAGAUUUCUUCAGAGAAGAAUAUAUCCUGAACAAUGCCAUUGGCACUUGCAAGAAGCCAUACGUGGCACUUAUCGAUGGCAUUACAAUGGGAGGGGGAGUUGGCCUCUCAGUCCAUGGACAUUUCCGAGUUGCUACAGAAAAGACACUUUUCGCAAUGCCAGAAACAGCAAUAGGCCUUUUUCCUGAUGUAGGUGGAGGAUAUUUCUUGCCAAGACUGUCGGGAAAGAUUGGCUAUUACCUUGCGCUAACAGGAUUUAGGCUGAAAGGAAGAGAUGUACUAAAAGCUGGCAUCGCAACACAUUUUGUAGAAUCCGAAAAGAUACCUGCCUUAGAGAAAGACCUGAUAGCACUGAAAUCUCCUUCAACAGAAAAUAUUGCAGACUUAUUGAACUCUUACCACGUGAAGAGCAAAAUUGAUCAAGAAAAGGAGUUUAUACUUGAUGAGCAUAUGGAGAAGAUUAACAGUCUUUUUUCAGCAAAUAGUAUGGAAGAAAUUGUUAAAAAAUUAAAACAAGAUGGUUCUCCUUUUGCCAUUAAGCAGCUAGAGACUAUUAAUAAGAUGUCACCUACAUCCUUAAAGAUGACUCUCAGACAGCUCAGAGAAGGCGCUUCCAUGAGCUUACAAGACGUACUCACAAUGGAAUACAGACUGAGCCAAGCAUGCAUGAGAGGCCAUGACUUCUAUGAAGGGGUUCGAGCAGUGCUGAUUGACAAAGACCAGUCCCCCAGAUGGAUGCCAGCUGCUUUAGAAGAAGUCAGCGAUGAAUUUGUGGACGAUUGUUUUAAGCCAUUGGGAAACAACGAUCUCAAGUUGUAA